AUGCCAAAAGCGGUCAAAGGAGCGCUCCUGCAAUGUGAUCCGCCUCAAAUGGCCAUGGUGCGGAAGAUCGACCGCGAGACCAACAACGCCUACAUUAUCGAGGAAAUCGACGACCACACCUGUCUAGUCAAGGAGAACAAGGUGGAGGAGAUCAAGGCAAAGGUCAAGGAAUUGAUGGACACGGCUAUGGGAGUGGAUGACGAUGACAACGAUGACAAGGACAGCGACCUGGACUAG